AUGGCUUACUUCAUCAUCACUUCGUUCAAGAAAGCCAUCUGCGAAAUCAGUAGUUCUUCGACCGCCGAAAUUUCCCAUUCACAAAUCCAACCCGAUCAUCAGGAGAUGGUUCGUUCAGUGAAGAGCAUUCAUGGUAACAAGGUGUUUUGUGAUCUUUCUGUUCCGAACCAUAAUACGAAAUGCAAGAGCUAUCAAAAGCUCGAGCAAAAGGCCCUUGAAAAAUGUGAGCAGCGAAUCAGAGACAAGGCCCUCGUCGAUCAAGCCUACGAGGAGUUUUUGUCAAUGGAGACACUCUAUCAGGAGGUCACCAAGGCGUACGAGGAAUCGAAAGCCCUUCUGGAGAAGAAAGAUGAGGAGCACCAAGCAGCCUUGGAAGAGAAGGACCAGGAGCUGGAGAAGCUCAACAAUGAGCAUCGCUCCGUACUGACAGCCAUCCACGAGAUGCAUGAGGCAAAGCUCGCAGAAGUCAAUCGAGAUGCUGCCGAAAAGCGCCAUUUGCUGGAGAAGCGCCAUCUCGAGGCGCUACGCGCACUCACAGAAGUGAGUAAGAAGAACCGUUGCGUAUGGGAGAAUGCACAAAACGCAAUGGAGGCGGAAGGUGAGCAGAUGGCAUGCGAAUACCGCGAUGCUCUGCGCGAAAACGAAGAUGAGAUCAUGCGCUUGACAAAUUGCAAUCACGACCUCAAAGCCGAGAAUAACCUGUUGGUCGGCAUAUUGACCGACAGACCUGGUGAUGAGUUGCAAGAACACGCUCAACACGUGUUCGCAGAGGUCCAACGCAUGAAAAAUGAGUUGGAGGAUGGGCGUGCAGAUCUCCAAGUCGCGCACAUUAAGAUUGAGAACAUUUUGGAGGCAAUGCAACAGCAACGCGACCACUAUGAGUCUCACGGCAACAAGGAGCAAGAAGCCCAGGCACAAGUGUAUGAUCUUCAGAAGAAGAUUGACGAGUUUCAAGAGAAGCUUGCUAUUAGCGAUCAUUUGCUUCGCACUGUCGAUAUUAUCCCCAAAGUCUCAAACACCAUGGAGUCCGAGUGUCUUUCGGGAAUUGCUUCGAAGAUCCAAAAGUCUGACGACGAAGUCAAGCUUCUUCGUGCAGAGAAUGAAGAGCUUCGAUCGAAGGCCAACAAGACGGACGAUGACAAUCUCGAAAUUUCUCUCAAAUGUGAUAUGAUGGAGCACGAGAUGAAUCUCGCUCGAAACAAGCUGGGAGUUCUCGAGGCAAAGCAAAGCCUCCUUCUCAUAGAACGCAACUUCCUCGCCGACGCAGUCGCGGAGGAUGAUUGCCUCACAGCGGACGAUAAAGACCUCCUCCGCCGACAUCUCCGUCAAACACGGGAGGAGAACGAGAGGCUGAGAGACCGCAACAUCACGGUCUCGAAGGAGAAUGCCGAUCUCCAACAAUACAUCAAUCAAGUCCAGGAUAAGGCUGAGGUCAAGAUCCAGCAAGCGGACAAGGCCGCAGCGUACUGGCAGACUCUUUACUGGGCCGAGGCAGUCCCAAAGACAAAAGCACUCAGUAAAGAGAUUCACGAACUCAACAAGGAGUUGGGUCGUGAUAACGUUCAUGUCCAGGAGCGCCUCGAGCGCAACGUCGCUGUCGCAGACAGGAACGCGCUGCGAUUCGCCUGCGCCACUACGUUGCACGGCGUUGACACCAAAAUCAUCCCGGCCGAAUACUACGAGCCGGGAUUCACACCAGGCUGGCUCCCAGCCACUCAUGAUGCUCUCCGUCUGCUGCGACCUCUGGGAUGGGUACCAGUCGCAGAGUUGGAUAAGGUGUGGCUUGCACCGAUGUACAAGCCGUUUACUGAAGAAGAUGCGAAGCAACGACUUGAAGCCCAGGGGCAGAUAGUUCGCAAGCAGCAUCGCAAGGCGAUGGGGGCUCCUCCUCUACCAGGCAUGUUUCAUCUAUCUCUUCGCAACAGCAAUCUCACUGAUAGCAGCCUAGAUGGUCCUUCAGAUAAAGCCGCCGCCUCCGAUCGAGUCGAAACCCUACCUCCAUCGUGGGUACCUGUCUGCGAUCGAACUCCCAUACCGCGCACGCCAUAUCAAGAGCCGUACGCGCCUCCAUAUCAGAUUGAGUGGCUGAAGAAGCGUGCAAAUCUCACGCGAGAAGCCUACAAUGAUAUGGAUAACAUACUCAAGUUGGACGUGCUGGACAUGCUUGGUAUUCAGACAGAGUCCGCAGAGACAUCUGGCAGUCCAAGCCACAUAGUCUCGUACAAUUUUGAGGAGGACCCGGAAAUCUUCUGA